AUGAUAUGCAAGUUGAUGCUUCUUGUUGUUUUGGGAGUUGUGGUGCAAACUUCCUCUGCAAGGAACUUCAACGGCGGAUUCGACAAUAUUUUAGGAGGUCUUGGUGGAGGUAGCGGUGGUCGCGGCGGCGGCGGAGGUAGAGGAGGUAGUGAUGGUGGAUUUGGUGCUGGCUUUGGAUUUGGAGAGGGUCAUGGAUCGGGUGAAAGUGAUGGAUUUGGUCAAAUUGUAGGUCUUGUUGGCGGUGGCGGCGGCGGCGGCGGCGGUGGUGGUGGUGGAGGUAGUGAUGGUGGAUCUGGUUUUGGCAUUGGAUAUGGCGAGGGUCACGGAUCUGGUGCAAACGGUGGUGGAGGAGGUGGUGGUGGUGGUGGAGGAGGUAGUGAUGGCGGAUCUGGUUUUGGCAUUGGAUAUGGAGAGGGUCAUGGAUCGGGUGCAAACGGCGGUGGUGGAGGAGGUGGCGGCGGCGGCGGCGGAAGUGGUGAUGGUCAAAAUGGUGGUAGUGGUUUUGGUGCCGGAGGAGGAUGGGGCCAUGGUGGUGACGGCAAUUGA